GUGGCAGUGGGAGCGGGAGUGGAAGUGUAAGGAGGCAGCGGCAGCAGGAGCGGCGACAGCGGCAGCGGGAGCGGGGGUGGGCGCGGCGAGCAGCGACAGCGGCAGCACCAGCGAGCAGCGAGGAGCAACAGUGGCAGCGGCAGCAAGCAGCAGCAGCGGGAGCAGGAGUGGCGAGCGGCGACAGUGGCAGCGACAGCGGUAGCGAGCAGCGACAGCAGCAAGCAGCGGGAGCGGUAGCGGCAACGAGCAGGGUUAGGGUUGGGCAGCGACAGUUGAUAUUGGUGCUUUAGUUGGUUCGAUUGAACCAACUAAAGCACCGGAGACCGAACCAGACCUAAAACGUUGGUUCGGUCACCUGGUUUAACCCAGGCGCUCGCCCGAAGCGCCCAGUGCCUAGGCGGCGCCUCUUUGAAACGCCCCGCCUGGAAGUGAAGCGUAAAUCACUGCUCUUGUCUGGACAUAUAAACUCAAAGAUUCCCUACUGAGUGUUACUUGUUUAAUCGAUUAAAUUUGGCAUGGUCAAUUAGUAUUGGUUGAGUCUCAGUUCAUGUCAAGAUGGUUCUAGGAUCCAACCAUCUCCAGUCUUAGAAUAAAUUGGGUUUGGUCAAGAUUCCCAACUGAAAAUAACUUGCAUAUUAGAUUAAGUCCGGUGUGGUCCAUAGUUGCCACAAUUAUUUAUGUCGAGAGGGUGGUUCUAGGAGCUACCCACCUCCAAUAUCAAUCUUCAUCCUGGGACAACAAAAACCACUGUCAAGUAUUGUUUGAGAGCAUAGCCCAAGAGAGCCUUCUAUUGUGUUCUCCUCUCCAGAGUUGAUCUGCACUGGGAUACAUACAUACUAUUGUGGUCCUGAGUUAAAGGAAAUGAUUGGUAGCGGCAUUUUUGCAGUUAACAAUGAUGAUGUUCAAUUAGAAUCAGAGAAUUCUUUUUUGACUUCUAGCUAUGGGACAUAUUCACAUAACUAUCAGUUCUGUUUCAAUGGCAAAGGAACCAUUUUACCUGAGAAACCAAUGCUAUUGGCUGGGGUUGCCAAGCAGCGAGAAUUAAGUGGAACUCUGCUGAGUGAAUCAGAACCUAGAUUGAAGAAACGAUUAUCUGAUGCGAAAUCCAGGGAACUUAGUGGGCAUGGCAUCUUUGCUCGUCCACGAGAAGUUCCCCUUAGGCCAUUGGCAGCACAAUAUUUGGAGCUGAAUGACAAGGGCCUUGGAAGAACUACGCCAAGAAAAUCACCCCCAACGGUAAAUAUUGCACAACGUACUGCUGGUCCAAACAAUUUCUUGUUUGGUGAUGAAAUUCCAGCCAGAACUUCCAAGAAAAUGCAUGCUAAGAAAAUAGCAGAUCUAAUUGGCAAUGGCAUCUUCAAAGAUGUUGCACCGCCAGGAUUCUCUGAAAAGACACGAAGCAAAGCAAAGCUGAAAGAAUUGAUCGGUAAUGAUAUCUUUGCUGAUAGGAAGGAUCCUCCUCGAUACUACUUUGGUGGUAUCCGCAAACCUCCAGGUGGUGAGAGCAGCAUCACACUAGCUUGACAUUUCAUUUCUUGUGUUCUUCCUGAAUGUUGUGUUAAAGGUAUUUGAUCCAAGUUGAGGUAUCCUUCAUGAUGUUAUCCUGGUAUCAGAUGAUCUAAUGAUCUAGUCGAUCCUGGAACUUUGUGACAAUUUGUGACACAUUUAAUGUGACAAUUGAACUUAUUUCAUUAUAA